GGAUAGGACUGGUUCUGAAAGAAACAGCUCUCUAAGGUAACAUCACGGAAAUGUGGUACUUGUAUUUACGGAGUAAACUGUGUAGCCUCUCAACCCAAAAGCUACCUUGUAUUGUUAGCAAUUUAAAGUAAAAUUAGCUUUUCACCAUCUAGCCAUCCAUAAGCUAUUGAAAAUACUUUUUUUUGGCUUAUUAAUUGUGCAAUCCAUUUAAAAAAUCUUAAGCUGUUUAGGUGCUCUCAUUAGUGUGGUCUAAAAAUAAAGUGGAACUCAGGCCCUUCCUCUAGAUUUGCCACUGAGCUUUGGCUGUGUGUGUCAUCUGCUUGGCUCUACUGUAAAGAUCUAUGCCCUUCCAGGCAGCUGUCUAAGUUUGACACAUCAUGAGAUGUUGUUUAUUACAUGUAGAUAUGGGACUUGUGAAACUCCUUGAAAGGCAGAACAUUCCAGAAUGUGAUUGUUUUUCUGCAACUUUGGUAGAUCAGGCAAAAUUGUGCACAAAACUCUGAAGAACCUUACAGUCUUUACGGUUUUAGGUCUAUGUUAAAGUUAUGUUGCAUCCCCAGUUAAAGUUUCUACCCUAAACUAGACUAAACUCCCUCAAGUCACUAUUUCCCAGAAAUUACCUAGGUUGACACUUUCUUUGCUAUUUAACUGAGUUGCAGGUAAAUUAAGAUUUGUUGUUUUUAUUUUUUUCCAAGUGUCAAUUCCCACUUUAAACCAGACUGAGUUGCUUGAAAACCAUACCCUUCACAGCGGCACAUACCUAUAUGUUUCAUAUAUGGCAUUCCUGCCCCUCCCCCACCCAGACAUUAAGGGCAAGGGUAAGGCUUGGGGAGAGAAGGAGUUCCGUAAUAACCACCCUUUUUUGUUGUAAAAUUGGAAUAUUUAUAAUUGCUCUUUACAUUGUAGAAAUAAAUGAACUUGAACACACUAGACUGUAUCGUAGACUCAAGUAGUUGUUUUGAACUCGCUUGAACAACAGGAAGCUCCUGGAAGCAGUUCGACUUAAAGCAAAUAUUAUCUUGAGUUGCAUUUUGAACCAAAAACUAAACCUCUACGAUAAGGCGGCAGAAAAAUACAAAUAUAAAUUUAUGGAUUAUUGCCACAAUCACAUUGAGGGGAAAAAUAAAAAAAUAAACAGCGAUGCAAUCAAUCCUUAUAGGUCUUUAGAGAAUCCUAAGUCCUUUCGACAGUUUGAUCCGCAUAGUCUGACAAGCCUCACAGUUCUUGGUGCUACGACUAUAUGAUGCAAUGUUUUAAGCCUACAACGUUGUAGUUAUUUUUUUAAUAGAUUGAAAAAUUUUUGGAGUGCCACCACCAUGCCUAAAUUCACCUAGUACUUAAUGUGCAUAACUGCAGGCACUAUUGAUAUUAUUUAUUAUUAUUAUUAUUAUUAAUCUGUUUUUAUGAAAUCACUCACAACAGGUGAUCUCUUGUACGGUGAAAUAAAGUGGAUCAUAAGUUUCUUUACUUUUUGGAUGGCUUCAUCCUCAUCUGGGUAAGCUUUCUCUCUUAGAUACACAUAAACAGAGCAUAAUUAGAUCGUAGCUUGAAUCAAAUAUAAAACCUGACAAUAUUAAUAUUGUCACAGUCAGAACCAUCCCCUGAUAGUUGGGUUCUAAAGCACAGCUGGCUACAGGGUUAAAAACAAAUGUAAACAAAAUGUGACAGACUUUAACAUAAUCCUUACAUUUUGUGCGGUAACAGCAACAGUUUUUUUGACUUUUGUUAAGGUGGCUCGAUACAGUUUUUCAGGGUCAAUACCUCCCAAGUUUGAGCAUAAAUUUAAACUACAUUGCCAAAAACAAAGAUUUGGAAAAAUUGCCACCACAGUUCUAUUAGAUAGAGAUGAAAAUUUAUUAUGAUCAGGGUUACAAUGACGUCGCAGUUAUCAUAGCAACGAAAUGAUGCUAUUACCUAUUUUACUUGCAACAGUAUUUCUUGGCACUGGGAACUGUUCUUCCAAAAUUGUUCAUGGGAGCUUUUUCUCCAAAUAUAGCUGGCUGGAUGUUCGUGAAGUUUAAGCGAAAUUUGUAAGAGUGUUAUCAAGAUAUUUUGGAAUAAAGUUUUUAUGGUUAGAAAUGCAGUAAAAAUGGACAAUAUUGAUCUUCAGCUGUUAUAUGUAAAAAACGAAGCGCUUUUGACAUGCAGUUUUACCUCAUAGUACAUGUAGUUUCAAUCUUUUUAAAAACGUGUGUGAAGAUCAUUGAGAUAGCUCCAGCCGAUUGCUAGAAAGAAAGAUUUGAUUAGUAUGUAUCGAAGUGCUCUUGUUAGCGGUUUGUAAACAUUUUGGUCUACUUUAACAAAUUAGCGAAUAAUUUUUAAACUGCUCGAUAGAUUUUUUAAAAAAAAUUAAGAUUCUUGAGAUUAACCUUCCUUUUAUAUGACCUUUUAGUUUUAAGAGUGUUGAUAUAUUGUAAGGUAGUAAAAUAAUGGCCACAAUUCGCUAAUGUUUUGUCAGACAUUUUGUGUUUACAAGUGAGAGCCUCUUAUUAUUCAGGGUAUUGUCUCCAAGUUUCAUAUUUUCGUGCACAACAAUAGCUAGCAUUUUUGCAUAUUUCAAAUGCACUUUUAGUUACUGAAACUUGGAGACAAUACCUUGAAUAAUGAGAGGCUUUCACUUGUAAUGACGAAACUUCCGAUGAAAAAUUAAUGAAUUGUAGCUGUUAUUUUAGUGCCUUACAAUAUAUUAAUAAUCUUAAAACUAUAAGGUCACAUAAAAGGAAGGUUAAUCUUAUCUUAAAUUUUUAAAAAAAUCUAUCGAGCGGUUAAAAAAUUAUUCGCUAAUUUGUUAAAGAAGACCAAAAUGUUUACAAAAUCGUGAACAAGAGCGCUUUGAUAAAUACUAAUCAAAUCUUUUCUUUCUAGCAAUUGGCUGGAGCUAACUCCAUGAUCUUUCACACACGUUUUUAAAAAGGUUGAAACUGCUGUGAGGUGAAAUUGCAUGUCAAACGCGCUUUGUUUUCUACAGAGAAUGGCCAAACAUCAAGAUUAUUUUUACUGUGUUUCUAACCAUAAAAGCUGCAUCCCAAAAUGUCUCGAUAAUGCUCUUACAGAUUUCGCUUAAACUUCAAACAUCGAGGCCGCUAUUGGAUGAAAAAGCUCCCAUGAACGAUUUUGGAAGAACAGUUCCCAGCAUCGAGAUAUACUGCUGCAAGUAAAAUAGGUAAUAGCGUCAUUUUGUUGCUAUGACAACUCCGAUGUCGUUGCAACCCUGAUCAAAAAAAGUUUUCAUCUUUAUCUAAUACAACUGUGGUGGCAAUUUUUCCAAAUCUUUGUUUUUGGUAACGUAGUUUAUGCUCAAACUUGGUAGGUAUUGACCCUGAAAAACUGUAUCGAGCCACCUUAACCGCAGAAACUUUCAAGAUAUGUAAUAGAAAAGCAGCUGUACAGUUCAUAAACAAGUUGCUCACAUGUGUUAAGCGAAAAACAACCUUGCAAUCGAAAAAUUUUUCAAGUUUUAAAUCAUUCAAUGAAGAAUUAUAUAUUUUUUUGUUAUAAAUCAAGUUGUGUGGUGAAUUUUAGUUUUCCGCUUUAAACAUACAUUGAAAAAAAUCCUGAAGUAGGCUUAUACCUUACAUUGUCACGUGAACUCUAAUAAGUAGUGGGGUGGCCAAUUGACCACUCCAGAAGAUACCAUAACAUACCAUAAUGCUCUUUGUUUGUCACCCCAAAAUUUUGCAUAACCAUUGUUUUCAGUUUUGCUUGGGGCCAUUUUAACUCCCUAGAGAAACUGAAGACAAUGCUUAUGCAAAAUUUUGGGGUGACAAACAAAGAGCAUUAUGGCAUGUUAUGGUAUUUUCAGGAGUGGUCUAUAACAGUAACGUUUAAUAGCUUAAAUUUUUUUGGAGUAUGCUCUACUCGUCACAUUUUAUUCAAGUUAGAUUAUAUCAAGAUUUGCGAGAAAAAUAUCAACAGAAAUAAGAACAAAGCAGUACAUCCAAUAGCACUUAAGGCUUUCCGCUUGAGGAUGAUCUUUGUCGGCCCAAAAGGCCGCACUUGUGUAUACUCGUUCACAUUCCGCUUAUGCCGUCGCCAGGUCGACUGAGUAAUUUCAUGCCAUUAUAGCUUUCAUCCCGUACACUUAUUCCCAGUGCUACACUGAUAUUCCAGUAUUCUAAAAUAACUUUGUCUUUAUGCCGCUAAAGGAUAUUUUUCUGUCAUUCAGUGUAUACUGAUCCACGGGAGAGGAUUCAGCUUAAAGUUUUUAGAUGACUCUUUGAGGAUUUCAUUUACCAUGUUUGGUUACAGCAGGUUUAUGAGUUGAUGAGGCCCGCAUCAGACGCCGUGCUUCACAUGAGAAGAAUCGAAUUAGACCUUUUAACAUGAUGUUCUCCAGGGAAUUGGCCUUUUGUCUUUCAUUAAUUUGCAUAAAUAUGCGCGCGGGUGCACGUGCAUAAGACGGCAUUUGAAAGAAACAGUUCUCUGGGGUACCAUCUCGUGGUCUGAAAUGGGAAAACAAAACAUGCAAUCUCAAAUUUAGGGCCUGUUUACAUGGAGGUUGUAAACUAGCCUCCCAAGGAGGCGUUUUUAGGGGAGCUCGUCUUUCAUCCCUCCCCUAAAAAUGCCUGCGUGGGAGGCUAGUUGGAAACGUGAUCCAAAUAAAAUGAGAGAUUAUAUGGACAGGCGGGUUACCCCACCUAAGCGGGUUACCUCACCUACCUGGGGUCCCCCACCUCCAUGUAAACAGGUCCUUAAUAAUUUAGGUCUCAAGAAUUUAUUCAGACGCCUAUCUUUAUUCCAGCAGAGCUAAAUUCAAAAGGGGGAACACGAGCGGUCGGGAAACUGUUUCCAUUUUGUUCGGCUAAUGUGAAGUUCGGCGACUGAAUCAACGCCGGUCCAUAACCGUUAUUGCCAGCUAAGCCAGGCGUGAAGAAUGGCUAAGCCGAUCCAAAUUCAAUUAAAUAUUUUGAACUGAUUCAGACGACGUACUUUGCAUGAACUUAAGUCAUUGAAUUUGAUUCGGCUCAUGUGAAGUACGGUGUUUGAAACGGGCCUAUAACCCUGUCAACCCUGCUCCCAUUGAGCCAAUAAAGAUGCAGGAAAUCGAAUAACCGUGGUCCAGUGUUUACUAAUUUCCAUUUAAUAUCGAAAAACUUAAUAAAUAAUAAUCUGUUUUUGUUAUCACCACACAACAACAGGGCUCAUCCAAGUCCGUCAUUUAUUACAAUGCUGUUUUAAACUUUAUGUUAAAAAUAUUGUUUUAAUGUGUGUCGAAAACGUUUUACAUUUCGCGUUGAAAAUUUUGUUACAUUUGGGUCAAAAGUUGUCUCAUUUCGCGUUAAUUUAAUUUAAUUUAAUUUUAUAACAACUUUAUUGUCAAAAUAAUAAGACAAAAGGGUGUCACCAGAGAGGAACUAAAUCUCCAUUAUAGGGCAACCUCCCUCUUUGCGUCAAAGUUGUUACAUUUUGCGGCGUAAACAGUAGCCAUGGCACAAUCAGUGAAACAAACCUCUAUCUUGGUGACUGUAUUUUUCGCGCGCUACAAAUGACCGAUCACUCUAGGCGCAGGAAGUUUUUCGGUGAUGUUUUAUGCUGCUGUAAUUAUAUCAUACGAAGAGCAACAGAACUAAGAAAGGAAUAUAGUUCGCUAUGGCUCAACUUUUUUUAUCUGCGGUACUGAAAGAGAAUGAACUAUUAGCAAAUCGCUCAAACUUUGUGGUUACAAAUCCGCAAAACAUCUAUAUUAAUUUAUUUUUAAUCUAUAUUUUACUCAUCUGGGAAUGAAAUCUCCUUGCUCUCAGCUUACAUUUUUGUUAUAAAGUGAAAAGAGAUGCUUGUCCUCUAGGAAUGUAAUGGCGUGAAAAUGUAUUUUUUUCUGGUCACUUAUUUACAUGCCCGGUCAAAAUCACCGGCAAACCAAAUGUUUGUCCGGACAAAUGGUCCGUCUACGGACCGAUAUUUUGAACAAUUCUUUGAAUGCACGACUAUUGUAUUUUGAGAUGUUGUCAUUUAUUUCUAACACAGUUAAAUUUAACAUCAUCAUAGCAGUUAGUCUUUAUAAACUAGAACUUACGAAGAGUCCCCACUUUUUGGAGUUCUUAUUAAAUAUAGUUGAUUAAUUUAAAAGGCAGGUAUUAAAGAAGAAGACUAGGACACUCACUGGUAAUCAAAAACCAACCACCUCCAUAAUUUCACAACAGUAAUGAGUAUUUGUAAUCAAAUGGUUACGAGUGAAAUUAGGGAAUAAUUUCACGCGCGUUUUGUCCAAAUCCUAAUAAUUUCCCGAGCCUUUACGAUUUGGACAAAACGCAAGUGAAAUUAUUCCCUAAUUUCACGAGUAUACCAUUUGAUUACCUAUUAAUAUCAUGGGCGACGAAUUGCGUUAGCAAUCUUGUAUUUUUGACAUGUUUAUCCUGGAUCGUAUCGAUCGAGAACUCCACUCUCUCAAAUGUUUAGACCUUAAAUUUGGCUUAUAAAGUUCAGAAUUUUUCAGACUAUUUUGGCAAAAUACCUGUUAGAAUCCUUCUUGAUGUUCUCUCGUGUGUUCAGGUUUUCUAAAGCGUCUUUUUGUGCCCUGACAUCUUCAUUCACGGCAUUUUAAAACUUCGUCCCCAUCUUGACACUGAGACGUACGGAAGGCUACAAUGGCAAUUUUGUAAUUUCACUUGUGAAAUUACAAAUUAACGCUGAAAUUUCGCGCCAAAAUUAAGGAGUAAUUCGUCACCUAUGAUAUUAUUAUAAUAAUUUGCUAUUGCUAGCCAGAAGAAGGGGGAGGGAAGCCUCAUCAAGCAGGUUUGAAUUCCUAUGCUUCUACCGAUCAUGAAUAUUAUCGGUAAUCCACAACUGCUUUGUUAUGCUGUAGAUUAACCCACUUUGACGUCACAGACAACCAGAAAAGAUGGGUUGUGGUGGGAAUAGCACUCAACAAUAUACUUGUGCCACAGAUCCGUCCUUUUGUGGAACAAGAGAUUUAUAAGGAAUACAACAAUCUCAAGACAAGUCACAAUAUUCAUGCACAAAGUACAUCUGGUCGUCUUCAAAGGUGGCCUGCAAGAAAGUUUUUAAAGUAUGAAAACAUCAAUGGUAACAGUCAUCACCCAAAGCUUCCUGGUGGAAAAUACAACAUUUCCCUGUUUGAUUGUAGAGUGUUAUCUCACAUUGACUUUGCCAAACUCUAUGUACAAAACUUUAUGGCUGAGUUCAAUGCUUUUGAUGACCACUGUAAUUCCGUAGUUUUACUAGCACUGCUUCGUAGUGUGCCUGUGUUCUCAGCUGCAGUGCAAGCUGCAGCUAGUGAAGUCAGGAGUGUCAUGAAUGACUGGGCGCACUGUAUCCUCGGCAAGUGGAAUCCUGUUAAGUUUCAGCAGAGUUUUGUUGAGAUGGAACACCUGGUGAGAGCCAUGGCUCUACCUGCUGCAAAUGAAGCAAUAAUCCUGGAAGAACUGAAAUACUACGAGACUAAAGGUACAUUUCACGUGAUACAGUCACAUCAGUAAAAUGUUGUAUACUUUGUUCCCUUAUAUGAUGUUGCACUCCUCUAGGAUAUACAGCCCGUAAUGACUGGUUGGUGAUUUUCAAUGGUUGCCGGAGCUUUCAGAUAACCCUAGGUUAAAUUUUUAUUAAUAGAACUAUUAAAUCUACCAUCAGAGGGUAUGGAUAGACAUUCCUUUAGCUUAUGAACAGAGAGAAAUAGUUUCUCCGGCUAUUUGCUAGCUAUUUUGAAGAACGAAAAAAAAAACUUCUUUAACCCUUUUUGGAAAAGGUUUAAGGCCCAUCAAGUUAUUGGCACGUCAAGAUCGAAUUUUUAGUUUAGGGGACUGUGUAGACUAAUCUCCAAGUGCUCCUUUGUUUGUAGGAACACAGCUGCUCAUGAACUCUCCUACAGAGCAAGGGCUGUCACAAUCUCUCCAUCAGCAACUACAGAAAUUAAAAGGUGAUCUUAAAAUGUCGGUAACAGUUGGUAUCUAAUUCAUCAACACACUUUAAUAUUCAUUCAAGUUUAAAAUAUUGUUUCGCCGUUUGUGAUUGUCUUCAAUCCUCCGUAUCGGUAGGGAUGUUGACAGCAGGAAGUUGAUGUUGGCCACCUUUGAAACUUGAAGGGUCAAAUCCUCAUUAAUGUGUAUUUUCAUUCAUGACGUCAUACGUUAUAUUCAUUUUGCCUGUGCAGAUCAGCUUCCAAAGUGGGAGACUACAAUCGGACAAGUUGAAGACCAAGUGGACAGUUUUAAAGGUAAUUUCGAGAUAAAGUUACGGCUUUGAUUUCCCUCUCCUGAUAAGUCGUCAAAUCUUUUAUUAGAGACCUUACGCAACAGGACGGCCCGAAGAGGACGGCGACUUGUGUUCGCGUGAGGACUAGGUCGAGCACGCGAGCUAUGACGUUGCCGUCCUGUACGUAAACAAACCUUACGCAACACCAGAGGAAAACCCUAACCUGGCUACAACUUGUAAGUGCUUAAUGUGCGGCAAAAUCGGAACUUUCAGCGACUAAAAAAACGGUUUUUAACAGCAAAUGAUGUGAACUUCAGUGCAGACAGCGAAGAACUUCUUUGGCUAACGAAUGUUAAUACAGACAUAAGGGGAAAACCGUAAACCCGCGGAGCGGAUUUUGUGUAUUUCAGUACGAAAAUGGCCACCUUUAGAGAUGCAAGAGAUGCACUUAUGUUAGCAAACGACAUGACCCUCGUAGACGAUGAAGAACUGCUUCUCCUGUACGACUUGAAUUCAUCAAAGAACCUCGACUUACCGUACUGGAGAUAUGACAAAUUCGAUCUCGAUACCUUGACAGACGCCGAAUGCAAGAGCGAAUUUCGGUUUCUCAAACACGACAUCUACGCUCUUCUCGAAGUGUUAAAUCCCCCUGAGAAAAUCGUUUGUGAAAACCGUUUUUACGUUUACAGUGAUGAAGCUCUCUGCAUGCUUUUAAGACGAUUUGCUUAUCCAUGUAGAUACGAAGAUUUGGUACCAAGAUUUGGAAGGGCUGUGCCGCAAAUCAGCAAGGUUGUGAAUGAAAUGAUCAGUUUAAUCUUUGCGCGACAUGGUCAUUUACUGACUGAUUUUAACCAGCCAUGGCUAUCACCAGCAAAUCUAGUAACGUUUGCAGAUACGGUUUAUCGAAAGGGAGCAGCACUUGAAAACUGCUGGGGAUUCGUAGACGGUACCGUGCGACCAGUGUGUCGACCAGGAGUUCACCAGCUAGUACUCUAUAAUGGACACAAAAGGGUUCAUUGCAUUAAAUUCCAGAGUGUUGUUGCUGCAAAUGGACUUAUUGCGAACCUGUAUUGUCCAGUCAAAGGUCGACGACAUGAUAGUGGUAUGUUGGCAAUGUCUGGCUUGCUGCCAAUGUUAGAGGUUCAUUCCAUAUCACCAAAUGGUCAACCCCUCUGUAUUUACGGCGACCCUGCUUACCCUCUCAGGGUAGAUCUUCAGGGACCUUUCAAGGGUGUUGCCCUGACACCACAGCAAGAGGCAUUCAAUCAGUCCAUGAGUAAAGUUAGAAUUUCAGUUGAGUGGGUCUUUGAUGACAUUGUAGAAUACUUUGCUUUCCUUGACUUUAAAAAAGAUCUUAAAGUUGGGUUAAGUGCUAUUGGCAAGAUGUAUACAGUAUGUGCACUGUUGAGAAAUGCUCACUCUUGCAUAUAUGGAUCAAGUACCUCCACUUUCUUUGGCAUUGAUACACCUUCUGUGGAAUGUUACUUUUCUUGAUAAAAUUGUUUCAACGUGUAAAUGUUUACAGGAAAUAUCCUAACGUACCCUAACGAAUCUCACUGACAUUUCCAAGGAGAGAGAAGCUAUAGGAGAUAGAAAAUACAGCUGAACUGUGUACAUAAAGGGGAGGUAGGGGGUGGGCAAGGGGUCAAAGCCAAAUAACUUCCAUCAUGGGGUAUGAAUAUUUUUGUAAUCAACACAAUUCAAUUUCCCUGUUGAAACUAUUUUCAAAAGAAUUUUGCAAAAAUCACCGUAAAGAACAACCCAGCCUUGAUAGGCUUUGAGGGAAUUAAUUUGCCAUGAGCAUUUUAAAGAUUCUGGGCCCGGGUGCAUAAAAGAAUUUUAAGAUUUAAAA